AUUCAUAUAUUUUAAGCAUCGAUGUUCUACAGGCAGUUAGAUAAAAACCUAGAUAUUGACAGGUUAGAUGAUAUACACAGAGGUACCGUACCUAUCUAUAUGUACUUUAGAUCAUUAUAAGUUUUAUUAUUGUACACCUAUAUAAACAAACGUCGAGAUAAAGACGGGUGCAGAACUACGCUACGAUGGACCCGCUAAGGAUAUUCAUCAAACUGACCUGCCUUCUUGGGAUUUGUCUCUACCCGACAGAGGCGCAGAAGGCAAUAUGGUUUUCAGAAAUCCUCACCACUUUCAAAACUGAAAUGGGUCCGUUGUUUCUCGGGAAUACUUUAAAGAACACAACGUCGAUAACACCAAAAUGUUGGUCGGAUUUUCAGUUCUAUAUGGCAGUGCUUAACAAUCCUCUGGUACCGAUAUUGACCAAUCAGUCGGUGCCACCAGAAAUUACCUUAAUGCUUGAUGCCGAUGCGGUGGCACCAGCAGGUAUUGCAAGCGGCAAAGGGUUCUGGAAUGGAGACUAUGAUCUAUGUAUGUCCUUAAAGGUCGAUAACAAGGUGUUCAACUAUACUGAAUAUAAUGACGACAGAAUACCAAUAAGAGAUGUUAGCCUCCAUGCAAACUUCAAGGCGCAGUACUACCGAGUUAUCAUACUUGCCUUAGAUGGGUUCACCAUUACAUUUGGGGUAUGCGCACCUGAUAGCUGCAAAGCGUCUGAUGUACACCAAAUGCUGAAUGAUGGCGAAACUUCAUUUGGUGUUAUAUCUGUAGAAAACCCCACAUCUGGUAGAGGAUUGAUCAAAGACGACCCGGGGGCCAUUGUAGCCUUGUGCAUUAUCAGCAUUUUUGUUGCAAUUGUGCUAGGAGCUACGGCGAUGGAUAUAUUUUACAUUACACCUAAACGAAAACAACACGAGAAAGAGGCCGAAAUAUACAAAGAAACCACCUCAAAAGUCAAUCACGCAUAUGAUGAACAUGGCACUCAAGCGACAAGUUUUACAUCCAAAAACCAACCCAACGGUGUUUAUUACACAGAGAAGGUUUCAAAUGAAGCGAACCAUACUUAUACUACAUUGAAUCAAGAGAAGGUUCUAGAUGAAGUGAACCAUGUUUAUACUACAUUGCAUCUAAACGAUGCGAGAAAGGAAUAUGCUUCAACUAACGGGGUCACCAACGGAAGUGUUAAAAACGUGACUCCUGGUGCUAAAAAGGAGGAUGCUGCAACUAAUGGUAUUAGCAACGGGAAUGUUAAGAUCGUGACUGCUAAUGUCCCACUCCCAAGUCACAAACCAAAACCAUACAGCCCAGGAGUUGGUAUUCAAAUCAUUCUUGCCUUCUCAGUGUAUAGCAAUCUUCCGCAACUGAUGAGUGUUGACGCUCCAAAAGGCUCGUAUCUCGCCCUAAAUUGUAUACGAUUCCUGAGUAUGGCAUAUAUCAUACUCGGACAUACAUUUCAAUUGGGAAUCUAUUUGGGAGAUAUGGGGGUAUCUCUUGAAAAUUACCAUUUUUGGAUGUAUCCUGAGUACUAUGGUAAAUACCAUAACAGAGCUCUCACAAAUAUGCAGCUUGCAGUCGAUUCAUUCUUCCUUUUAAGUGGCUUCCUUGUUGCCAUUUCCUUCUUGAAGACACUGGACAGACAAGGUGGGAGAUUACAGCUCAAGCAGAUGGGAUUGUACUUCUUCCACAGGUUUUGGAGGUUAACUCCAGUUUAUAUGAUACUCAUCAUGUUUUUGGCCACCCUUUUCAAAUAUACGGGCGACGGCCCACUUUGGCCCCUUCGCAUGAACGAAGUUGAAGGAUGCCGAAUGCACUGGUGGACUAAUCUGCUAUAUAUCAACAAUCUAUAUAUACCAGGCCCAUUGUGCAUGGGAUGGGCGUGGUACCUUGCUAACGACAUGCAGUUUUAUAUUGCCGCACCUGUAUUCGUAUUUGCCUUGUACAAGAAACCUGUUGUUGGCUAUAUCCUCACUGGACUUUCGUUCCUCGGAAGUAUCAUUGCAAUCAGCGUUCUACAUGCCCAGGGCAAAGGGGACUUUGUCCAGGACUACAUAAAGCCAUAUACGAGGAUUGGGCCAUAUAUCAUUGGUAUAUGGCUAGGAUACUUUAUAUGGAGAACAAAAGCAA